UCCCUUCCUUCCUUCCUUCUCGUCUGUGUCGAAAAGCCAGCGAUUCAAAAUGGAGGCCAUCAAGAAGAAGAUGUUGAUGCUCAAGCUGGACAAGGAGAACGCUUUGGACCAGGCUGAGCAGGCGGAAGCCGACAAGAAAGCGGCUGAAGACAGAAGCAAACAGCAUGAGGACGAGCUCCUGCAAAUGCAGAAGAAGCUCAAGGGGACAGAAGACGAGCUGGACAAAUACUCAGAGGCGCUGAAGGAUGCUCAGGAGAAGUUAGAAGUGGCUGACAAGAAGGCGGCUGACGCUGAGGCGGAGGUGGCCUCCCUGAACAGGCGCAUCCAGCUCGUGGAAGAAGAGUUGGACCGAGCCCAGGAGAGGCUGGCCACCGCUCUCCAGAAGCUGGAGGAGGCAGAGAAGGCUGCCGACGAGAGCGAGAGAGGCAUGAAGGUGAUCGAGAACCGGGCCCUGAAGGACGAGGAGAAGAUGGAACUCCAGGAGAUCCAACUUAAGGAGGCCAAGCACAUCGCAGAAGACUCGGACCGCAAGUACGAGGAGGUUGCUCGCAAGCUGGUGAUUGUGGAAGGCGAGUUGGAACGUACGGAGGAGAGGGCGGAGCUAGCAGAAGCAAAAUGCGCUGAACUGGAGGAGGAACUGAAAAACGUUACCAACAACCUGAAGUCCCUGGAGGCUCAGGCGGAGAAGUACUCCCAGAAGGAGGACAAAUACGAAGAGGAGAUCAAGAUUCUGACAGACAAGCUCAAAGAGGCUGAGACCAGAGCUGAGUUUGCUGAGAGGUCUGUGGCUAAGCUGGAGAAGACCAUUGAUGAUCUGGAAGACGAGCUGUACGCACAGAAACUCAAGUACAAAGCCAUCAGCGAGGAAUUGGACCACGCACUCAAUGACAUGACCUCCAUCUAAACACGCAGGAAUCCCCACACCCCUCAAAAAAGCCUCGCGUCCUCUUCGACAUGCCGUUUCCGCACUUUCACACAGUUUUUUGCAAAAAUCCCAGCCAGCAGUGCCUUUUCGGUCCGGGUAAAACUUCUCUUUGUAUUUCUUUGUAACAAUAUUAAAGUCAAGAGGAGGA